GGUGGGGGGGGGUGGCCCAGGUGGCCUUUGGACCCCCCCACCAUGGAAAACCAGCUGUGGCAGGGCAGGUUGGGGUGCUGCAAUCAAUACCAAGAAAGCUCCGAGGAUGCUGAGGAUAUCCUAUUCCUGCUGCUGGGUCUCAUCAUUCUUGUCAACAUCAGCAUCAACGUGACAACUGUGGUGUGGCAUGGGCUCCAGAAUGCCUUAGACAAGAUAAUCUGUUGGAUGUGUCAGAGAACAGAUGAAGUCCAGGCUACCGAAUGUCCCCCCACAGAAGGCCCAGCCAAAGUCCAGGACGUUCACAUCCAUUGUAUCCUGGACCCUGUACAAGUGAAGAUGGCACAACCCACACACUGCUCCUCUUCCUCCUACCACUAUCUCCGUCAGCGCUAUAGCAGCAGGCGCCGCCGCAGGCGCUGCCGCAGCCGUCACCAGCAGGGCAGCCACAACCGCUACCCACAGGGCCGCCACAGUCACCAGCAGAGGUUUCCAAACAACAGGCAGCUCGCCCAUGGCUACCCACCCUUCCGUAAACAACCUCAAAGCCACAAGACGUCACAGCCGAGGCCACUGCCCUUUUUUGACCUGGAAGACCGGGAUUCCUUUCCGGAGGAUGACCAGUCCUGUCCGCAUCCCAAACACCCGCACAGGGGCUGGCGAGGUUUUUAUAAGCCAAUAGGUCGGGCCUCCAAUGUGAGACUGUGGGGCCGCCAGGGUGGAAUCCUCGCCAGCCUCCCGUUACCCUCUCUCUACCUGUCACCAGAGCUGCGCCGCUUGCCCAAGCGGGUAGAAGCCAAGUCAGAACUGAGGCUACAGGCUUUCGGUCCCCGUUACUCACAGUCCCGGAUUUGGGGUAAUGUGGAAGCUGAGCAGUGGGCCUCACCACCACCUGCCCGCCGGCUGCUUCCUAGUCCCUCCUGGGUCACUGUGGGCUACAGCCCUUUCUCUUCAGGGGGCCACAUACCGCCUGAUGCCUGGGAUCAGCGGCGGCGUGGGGUAGAAGGCUCUGAGGCACCACUGACCUUUGCAUGCAGGAACCCCAGGCCAGAGGCCCAGGGGUACCGGGAGCACAACUCCCCACAGGGCCACCGGCAGAACCUCCCUAGCUAUACUCACAGUCAACCCACCUACAACCCACCCCAGUCCGUAGGACACAUGGGUUACAGCUCCAGGGACUCUCAUGAGAUCCGCAAGCGGGCAGCUGACUGGACUGAGGUUUUCCCCUCGAGGCAUCCUCUGACCACUUCCACCUCCCUCACGGUAUUGGGCGAGGCUUCAUACCAAAGGGCUCCAGCUGCCAGCUCGGGAUUGAUGAUCCCUCAGUCCUCCCAGCCCUUGCCUGAAGUCCAGGCUUCCGAUCCAACCCCACCUCCAACCACCUUUGUUCCGCUCAGUCGGAAUCCAGGUGGCAAUGCCAGCUACCAGGUGUAUGACAGCCUGGAGCUGAAGAGGCAGGUGCAGGAAAGCAGAGGACGGGCCAGCUCACUGCCACCACCUUCCACCUCAGCUUCAAGGCCCUCUCUGCACAGAAGUCGGACAGGGAAACUUAGCUGACCGGCAGGUGAAUGUGGGCCGCGGAGCAGGGCAUGGAGAAAGGAAUAAAGAGGAGUCCAGAAGCCCUUGUUUGUGGUUUGGAAAUAGCCCCUCUCUCAUCCGCUGGGGAUUCCUGUUAAGAGAAGCCAGUCUCCCCUUGGCGUGACGCUCCUGUAGCUCAGGGGGCCAUAAUCCUGUCAGUAGCCCCCUCUUGGUCCUGUCUGAAAAGUCUUAAGCUGCAAACUGUGAAGCCCAGGUCUUCAAAACUCCCACUCGGUUUUCGGUCUUCCUCUUCUCAAAAGACACUGACUCAGUUCUGCUCAAGGAACUGGGACUCACGCCGGGCGGUGGUGGUGCACGCCUUUAACCCCAGCACUCAGGAGGCAGAGGCAGGCAGAUCUCUGUGAG